UUAAUAAUUAAGGGAUUGAAGCUUCUUCCAUACUUGAUUUUGGUCUUGCAUUGGGUAUGGAAAUUGUACUUUAGAGAUGAAUGUUAGCUGUUUAUUUUAGUACUCAGUGCCUAGAAAAUGACUUCCCAUGGCAAAAAUAAAACCGAGGAUAUGGAAAUGAGUAACAAGAGUCUGAUGGCUGAGAGACAGAGGAUAUAUGAUCAUGACCCUGAAGGAAAUACUCCGAAUAUAACAGACAUGAAUGCAGAAUCCUACAACACCCCAUCUACAGAAUUAAUUUAUGGCAUCAAUGAUAGACCACCUUGGUAUUUGUGUAUUCUGCUGGCACUUCAGCAUUAUAUUUUGGCGUUUGGAGGAAUAAUAGCAAUUCCAUUAAUUCUGGCAGAGCCUUUGUGUGUUAAACAUGACAAUGCAGUAAAAAGCCAGUUGAUAUGUACCAUAUUCUUUGUGUCUGGCAUAUGCACACUUCUCCAAACAACAAUAGGAACAAGACUUCCUAUCUUACAAGGUGGGACCUUCAGCCUGAUCACACCCGCUCUAGCAAUAUUAUCUCUGCCUCAGUGGAAGUGCCAACAAUCCGAAAUGUUACUGUAUAAUGGAACUGGGAACAUUUCUGUAAAUUAUACAGAAUCAUGGCAGUCUCGGAUGAGAGAAAUUCAAGGUGCAAUUAUUGUGGCUUCUAUCUUGCAAUUGUUGCUGGGAUUUACAGGACUGAUCGGACUCUUACUGAAGUUUAUUGGACCCUUAUCUAUUACACCAACCAUAACACUUAUAGGGCUUUCUUUGUUUGAGGAAGCAGGAAAAAAAUGUGGUGCACACUGGGGCAUUGCUGCAUUAACUAUUGCUUUAAUCAUCAUCUUCUCCCAGUAUCUGAGGAAUAUAGAAAUGCCACUGCUCUCCUAUAGCAAAGGAAAAUGGAAAAUCAGCACAUAUCCUGUUUUCAAGCUAUUUCCAGUAUUAUUGGGUAUGUGCUUAUCAUGGCUGAUUUGUUAUAUUUUAACCUUGUGGAACGUUUUCCCAAGAGACCCAGUAAAUUAUGGCUUUGCUGCUCGGACUGAUAUUAAUACUGAUGCAAUAAUCAAUUCACCUUGGUUUCAUAUUCCAUAUCCAGGUCAAUGGGGAUGUCCAACAAUCAGCCUUUCCUCUGUGCUAGGGAUGAUAUCUGGAGUACUGUCCUCCACUGUUGAGUCGAUUGGUGAUUACUACACAUGUUCAAGAUUAUCAGGAGCUCCAAUCCCACCAACACAUGCUUUAAAUCGGGGAAUAGCAAUGGAAGGGAUUGGAUGCAUUUUGGCAGGCAUUUGGGGGACAGGAAAUGGAACUACCUCAUAUAGCCAGAAUAUUGCAGCUUUAGGCAUAACAAAGGUUGGAAGCCGCUUAGUAAUGCAGACAGCAGGAAUCCUUUUAAUUAUUCUUGGACUGUUUGGUAAAUUUGGUGCUAUUUUUAUAACAAUUCCAGAGCCAGUAAUUGGAGGAAUGUUUAUGGUGAUGUUUGGCAUGAUUGCUGCAGUGGGUAUUUCCAAUCUCCAGUAUGUCGAUUUAAACUCAUCGAGAAACCUAUUUGUCUUGGGGUUUUCUGUGUUUUCUGGCCUUGUUAUUCCAACAUGGCUAGCAGAUAAUCCAGGUAUUAUCAGUACAGGAAUAAAAGAAGUUGAUCAAACCAUAACUGUACUUCUUACAACAAGUAUGUUUGUUGGAGGAUUCUUUGGCUGUCUACUGGACAAUACUAUACCAGGUUCAGAUGAAGAAAGGGGAACUUCAGCUUGGCAUAAACAAAUGCAUGCAGGGAAAACUAAUGGCAGUGUAGGACAAUCUUGUUAUGAUCUGCCUUUUGUCACUAAAUAUCUAAGAAAGCUUUCUUGGAGUCGAUACAUUCCAUUCUUACCAACAUUUCAGAUGAAUAGGAACUAGCUGACCUCUUCCAACAAGUUGUGUUGCAUAAACUACAGCCACAGGAUCAACAUCUGAGAAAUUACCAGAUGCAAGGAUUAUCAGACAAUACUUUUGCCAAAUGAAAUCUACCCUGCUUUUUUUAUCAAAUAAUAUAGUAUAAAUACUUCAUUUUCCAUGGAGAAUGCUGUGGACUGC